AUGACACUAAGUCUAGCUCUGAUAAGAGCUAGGGUUCCGACGGUCAAGGCGGAACGGACACCUCCGUCGGUGAAGGCGGAUCAGUGGUUUCUGGUGGUGAAAACAGAGAAAGGACUGAAGGGGGUCGACUCUUCGGUUGGUCUGUCUGAGCAAAUCAAGGUGGAGAUUGUCGUUUUGGCAAAGCUUGGUCUGCUAAGGAUAAGCCCUGGAAUUCAAACGACAAGGACACUGUCGUAUUGGUCGGGGAACACGCGUGAUGAGCGAACCGUACAGAAAAUCCUAACAGUUUUCUUAGAAACCAAUGACCGGGUCCGUGCCGAGGUUAUCCCAUCGACACUCUUUAUUCCAAACUCUUCCUCCGACGGGAGCGUUGAUAGAGAGAAGGUGGCUGCAUACCACAUUGUGCCUGAGAGGCUUGAGUUUGCGGAUCUUGUCUCGAAGGCAAGUCGAUCGAGACUACCCACUCUUCUCAACGGCUCCUCCAUUCUGAUCACCAACAAUUCUUACUCUUCUUUUACGGUCGACGGCGUUCUCGUCAUCGAAUCUGACAUCUUCGUGGAUUCCUUUAUGGCUAUCCACCGCAUUGCAAGUCCACUUGAUUACACAACUUACGGCAGCGUAUCUAAGCUUAAAUCGAAAUGGCCACUCUUUACCUUUAUGCUUGUUACGGUUGUGGUUCAUUUCAUCUAG